GUAGACCUCCCAGUCUCCCGACUUCCGCUUCCGUUUUAGGGCUCCGCCUGGCUGCCUUCACUAUGGAAGAACCAGAGAUGCUGCUGAAGGGAAAGAAAGUAACAGACAAGUUCACCGAAAGUGUCUAUGUCCUGGCCAACGAGCCAUCAGUGGCCCUGUACCGGCUACAGGAACAUGUGCGCCGCUCACUGCCGGAGCUGGCCCAGCACAAGGCUGACAUGCAGAGAUGGGAGGAGCAGAGCCAGGGUGCUAUAUACACCGUGGAGUAUGCCUGCAGUGCUGUGAAGAGCCUGGUGGACAGCAGUGUGUACUUCCGUAGUGUCGAAGGCCUGCUCAAACAGGCCAUCAGUAUCCGGGACCACAUGAACACCAGCGCCCAGGGCCACAGCCAGGAGAAACCAUCCCCUCCUACUGUGGCCUGACCCUGACCAUGCAAAACUCAGGGCCACCAGCUGCCCACCCAGGCAGAGACCUGGCUCCUAUGCCCCCAACCACUCAGCUGCUGUGUGACCUUGAGGCUGCAUCCUCACUUCUCUGUAAACAUGGCUUAUCCAGCUGAGGCCAUGUGGUCAGUGAUGACAUACAUUGUGACAUUGUGUCCAUGCAAGAGAGAAGCGUCCACAGUCCUGACCCUUACAAUACUAUAAACUGACCAGCUCCUGAUGCUGCUUCAGGCUGCAGGGAGUUGGGUGCUUCCUCUGGCCGUUGCCUGUUGCUGUGUUGGGGAGGGGGUCCAGGGUCCUCUCCACCUCAGACAGAGGGGCUCACCCACGGGUCCCACUUGUGCUGCGAAGGCAGAGUGUAAACACCGGCUCACAGCCCAGAGGCGCAGAGUGUAAGU